GGCGCGGCGGGCGCGGGAGGGUCUGCGGCGGGCGGCGCUGCAGCAGCCUCGGCACGGUCGCCGCGCCCCCGGGCGCGAGUGUGCGCGGGUGUGGAAGGCCGGCGUGCGGGCCGCGAGGGGUGUGCGCGCGUGAGGCGGAGCGGGGCUCGCCCCUCGCCGGCGCCCGCCGCCCCGCGGGCGAUCGCUCUCCGGCCGUCUCCGGGACCUCCGGACCCGCACGGCCUUUGGUCCGGGCGGGGGAGGGAGAAAGUGAGACUCGGUGUCAUCAGCAUCCAUUGUCAGGAGGGGAAGAAAUUGGAAUCCAGCAGCGGCGAGCAGCAGCUGGGCGGUCACAUCUGGGAAUGCAAAGCCGACCUCCCCCUCCUCCUCCUCCUCCACCACCUCCUCCUCUCUCACCCAGGAUCACUUCCGAAACCACUUUGCCUUCAGCCCCUGCCUUGGCCAGAGGGAUUUAUUUAAUGGGGAUGUGUUCAAGGCAAGAGCGAAUUCAGAAGGAUAUCGACGUCGUGAUCCAGAAGUCCAGAGCUGAGAAGGACUGCCUGUUUGCAGAUUUCAGAUACUCAGACUCCACCUUUACUUUCACCUACGUUGGCGGCCCCAAAAGUGUGUCCUAUUCAGUACAUGUAUCUGAAGAUUACCCAGAUAAUACAUAUGUGUCAAGUUCAGAAAAUGAUGAAGAUGUAUUAGUUACUACAGAGCCAAUUCCAGUAAUUUUUCAUCGAAUAGCAACAGAAUUAAGAAAGACAAAUGACAUUAACUGUUGCUUAUCCAUAAAAUCCAAAUUACAGAAGGAAAAUGGGGAGGAGUCAAGACAAAAUAGUACGGUGGAAGAAGAUUCUGAAGGAGAUAAUGAUUCUGAAGAAUUUUAUUAUGGAGGACAGGUGAACUAUGACGGGGAGCUGCACAAGCACCCCCAACUCGAAGCUGAUUUGUCGGCAGUGAGAGAGAUAUAUGGGCCACACGCAGUUUCUCUCAGGGAAUAUGGAGCCAUUGAUGAUGUAGAUAUUGAUCUGCAUAUUGAUGUUAGCUUUCUUGAUGAGGAGAUUGCUGUGGCAUGGGAAGUGAUUCGAACAGAACCUAUAAUUGUCCGACUACACUGUUCACUUACACAGUAUUUAAAUGGCCCAGUGCCCACUGUUGAUGUCUUUCAGAUUUCCACAAAAGAGAGAUUUGGACUGGGACAUCAGCUGAAAAAAAUCAUGCAGACAUUUGUUACACAGCAGUGGAAACAGAGCAAAGAAAAAUCCAGUUGCCUGCACAAUAAGAAGCUGUCAGAGAAGAAAGUGAAGUCUCCCCUGCAUCUAUUUUCUACCUUGCGCAGGUCGCCAAGUUAUCCCCCCCCUGGUUGUGGAAAAAGCAAAUCCAAACUGAAAUCGGAGCAAGACGGGAUCUCCAAGACGCAUAAGCUGCUGCGGAGGACUUGCUCCAGCACAGUCAAGACGGAGGACGUGUGCGCCCCGAAGCCACACAGGACCUUCGGUCGCUCGCUGUCCAGCGACCCCCGGGCUGAGCAGGCGGUGACGACCAUUAAGUCGCACAAACUCUUGAACCGUCCCUGCCCUGCAGCCGUCAAGCAGGAGGACUGCCUCGCUCUCAAGUCGCACAAACUCUUGACUCGCUCUUGUUCUGGAGACCCGCGCUGUGAGCACAACGCCAGCCUGAAGCCUCACAAACUGUUAAGCAGGUCUUAUUCCAGUAACCUCAGAAUGGAAGAAUUAUAUGGACUCAAGAAUCACAAGUUGCUCAGCAAGUCUUACUCCAGCGCCCCCAAGUCAUCCAAAACGGAGCUUUUCAAGGAACCCAACGCAGAGGGCCGGAGGCUCUCUCUUACCUCAGGGCUCAUUGGUAUCUUAACACCAUCAUCAUCUUCAUCUUCCCAGCCUGCUCCAAAUGGUGCCAAAUGUAUUCCAAUACGAGACCGUGGCUUCCUAGUGCAGACAAUUGAGUUUGCUGAACAGCGGAUCCCUGUGUUGAAUGAAUACUGUGUGGUUUGUGACGAGCCACAUGUAUUUCAAAAUGGCCCCAUGCUUAGGCCUACUGUGUGUGAACGAGAGCUGUGUGUAUUUGCUUUUCAAACCCUGGGAGUAAUGAAUGAAGCUGCUGAUGAAAUAGCAACUGGAGCUCAGGUGGUAGAUCUACUAGUAUCCAUGUGUAGGUCUGCAUUGGAAUCUCCUAGAAAAGUUGUCAUUUUCGAGCCAUACCCUUCUGUGGUAGAUCCCAACGAUCCUCAGAUGCUGGCCUUCAACCCAAGGAAGAAGAACUAUGAUCGAGUAAUGAAAGCAUUGGACAGCAUAACUUCUAUUAGAGAAAUGACACAAGCACCGUAUCUGGAAAUCAAGAAGCAGAUGGAUAAACAAGACCCCCUUGCUCAUCCCUUACUGCAAUGGGUUAUUUCAAGUAAUAGGUCACAUAUUGUGAAACUGCCAGUUAACAGGCAACUGAAGUUCAUGCACACUCCCCAUCAAUUCCUUCUUCUCAGCAGUCCACCAGCCAAAGAAUCCAAUUUUAGAGCUGCUAAAAAACUCUUCGGAAGCACCUUUGCAUUUCAUGGCUCGCACAUUGAAAACUGGCACUCCAUCCUGAGAAAUGGUCUGGUUGUUGCUUCUAAUACACGACUGCAGCUCCACGGUGCAAUGUAUGGAAGUGGAAUCUAUCUUAGUCCAAUGUCAAGCAUAUCAUUUGGAUACUCAGGGAUGAACAAGAAGCAGAAGGUGUCAGCCAAGGAUGAGGCAGCUUCAAGCAGUAAAAACAGCAGCGCAUCACAGUCACAGAAAAAAGGACAGCAAUCCCAGUUCCUGCAAAGCCGUAACUUAAAAUGCAUAGCCUUAUGUGAAGUGAUCACCUCACCUGACCUGCACAAACAUGGAGAGAUAUGGGUCGUCCCAAAUACUGAUCAUGUCUGCACACGAUUCUUUUUUGUCUACGAAGAUGGCCAAGUGGGAGACACAAAUAUUAACACACAAGAAGGAGGCAUUCACAAAGAGAUCCUUCGAGUAAUUGGUAAUCAAACUGCUACUGGUUAAAGGACCACCAUUUAAUUAACAUGAUUUGAAAGCCUUCCUCGGGUUCAAAGCUGGAUUUUGAACUGAAGAAGAUGAUAAAAUAAUUUAUUGUUAUUAUAAACAAAAUUAACCCUUUGAAUACUGAUUUUUUUCUUAGUAUUUCUAAGUUUCUCAUUAAAUACCUAAAAUGGUAUAAAAUUUAUCAAUUGUAGGGUUAUGGAAUCUAGUAAUAAAAUUACAACAGCACUUAAACUGAAGUUUGGGUUCCUCACACAAUAAACAGAUUGAAAAAACAGUUUCGUGCUGAUAUUUUUAUAUUAAACUCUUUAAUUGGAAAUUUGGUAUUAUAUACCGACAUCUUAGGGUACAAAAAUAGAACUGAAAGCAUUUUAUAAUGGCGUCUAAAUCUAUAAGAUACUUUGCAAUAAGUGUAAUGUUUGCACAUUCUGAUGUGCUAUAUAAUUAGCGGUAUGAACAUUCGAAUGUUUUGGGGAGGGAUGUUUCCUAAUCUGUUACUUUUCCAUAUACAAAAACAAUUAGGUCUUAGAUACAGUGCGUUGCCCAAAAGUAUGUAAUAUACAUAUCUAUAGAUUCAUGCAUCAAAAUGUAUGAUCGUGCAUAUAUGUGUGUAUGUACACAUACAUGUAUUUUAACGACAGAGAUGGCACAGCUCCACAAUUCUGUUCUCAUUCAAUGGAAAGAAAAUAAUGUUCAGUAAGAAAAUAAUAUUCUCUCUGGACAUAGACCAAGAUAUGAGCCAAAUUCACCACUGCUCAUUCACUGAAAAUAUUUGCAAACAAGUUUUCUAUUUGUUUAAAGAAUUUUCCCUUCAGUUAAAAUUUAACUCUUUAUAAUAUUAUAAUUUGGGGAACAUCUUUAUUCAAAUGACAAUAUGUUUAAAAGAAAGGCCUCAGAAUUUAAAACAACAGUAUAUAUAUUUUUAUUUCCUACUGUGGAACGUUUUUUACAUUUAUUUGUACCACACCAGCAUUUUUAUAUUUUUCAUCUAAUACCUCUGCUUAUUUUUUUUUCAUAUUGAGAAAGAAGACAAACUUUGAAGUUUCUUUUAUAUUAAAAGAACAUGAAUAAGUUUAUAUAGAGAACAAUAACACCAGCUCUCAGCAUUCUCUUUUCAAGAGUCAUGUGCGCAUCAAAAUCAUUACUAUUUCUUUGGGACCUAAGUUCUUAUUCAUUACAAGUUUUAAUUGACAGUGUUUCUUUUCCUACAUGAUGUUUUUGGAAUAAGGCCAUUCAUGAGAGCAGUUUAAUUAGCAAGUCUGCCACUCUAUUCAAACCCUGAAUCAAGGCUCAUAUCUGACUCUAAUUUAUUUAGAAAGAAAAAAUAAAAAUGUAUACUCAUUUGCAAGUGUAAUAUAAAUUCUGUGCUUGUUCCCUUUGGUAUAAAAGGUGAGAACAAAGGUCAUACACAUUGUUAAGGAUUGCUAUCUAGGAAGCAUUUACUAAUUGUUUGUUUUCUUAUAUUGUAAAUAAUUGAUAUGCCACUUAUUUCUGCAAAAAUAGACUUGAAGGGAUAUUAAUCAUUGUGGUAGGAUCCACCUAAAACAUUGAUCUGUUUUGACUUGUGCCUCUGAACUCAAGGCCAGACUGAGGGAUAAUAUUGGUGUGGUAGGGCCAAGAUACAGUAUCUUAUUCAGUUCUGUGACCAAAUAUAUGAAGACUUUACAUGGGACAAGAGGACUCCUUGCUUCUUUCUGCCAAGACUCCCAAGUCUCCCAAAUCCCUUUACUGUGUUUUAAAAAUAUUUUAAAGCAACAAAAUUAUAUUUUCAAAUUAAUUUUGUGGGGCAUUCAUGUAUAUAUGACAUAAAUAUGAGGAUGUAAUAGUAGGAUUUGGAAAUUGAAAUCUUGAAACCCCAUGUGUUUGGCCCCUAGGACCACGGAGGCACCUCCAAAAACUCUUUAAAGUGCCUCCAAGCAUAAUUUAAAAACCACUGAUCCACUAAGGAUUUACUCAACAGUUGAGUGACCUGUAAGGAGUAUAGUAUUAGAAUCUGAACUGGAAGGGUAGCUUGGAGGACUCAAGGGAGACUAUUUAGGGGAGACAAAACAUUAUAAUACAAACUUCUACUGUCAACUCAAGAAUAAAAGUAGAUUCAUUUAUCAGAGCAAGGAAAGUAACUGAUAGUUUUAAUGUCCACUAAAUAUUACAGAUAAUAGACAUCUUUUAUGAUAGUAAGAUGUCUUCUCAUGAUAAUUGAAUGCUUUUGCAAUGCAGAAUGACAGAUUUUAGUUUGUUUUGAAAAAUUGUCAAAACUUUUUAAGCCUGUAUUCUAAAAAUAAAGCCAGUCUUCUCAUUGGACUUUUGAUAUUGGGAAUACUAUAGUAAACUGAUGUUUAUUUCUAAAGAAUCUAAUUUCAAUACCCAUUAGUAGAUGAAUAUCAUGCUUUCAGAAUCCAAGCAGGUCAUUAAAAUUUAGAAGUUUAAACAUUAUCAUCAUGCCUUGAUUCAGUUACCUCAUUAAGAUAUUAUCGUUUGACUUAUUUGAUAAUUCCAAACGUGAUAUUGUAUUGUACUUCUAUAAUCAUUCGAAGUCUGUUCACUGAUUCUUUGUAAUAAUUAUACUAAUUAUGUAGUCAUUACUACUUAAUAUUAACCCACUGAGCAAAGGCAAUCAUUUAUUUUCAUUCUUCAAGUGGGAGAAGAAGAGCCUUAAUUUAUUAGUUCUACUUUUUUUCCUGCAUUACUGAUUUUGUAAACAUUUCACUAUGAAUAAUUUGUCUCUUUCAUUGUCCACUGUAUUUAAAAAGAGAAGAAAAUGAUUGAACAUUCGAGAAGAGAAAAAGUAAUAAUAUACAUAUAACCUAGCGCUGUAGAAUACAUUAUGGUAAGGUACUUUGGUGCCUUAGAUUGCGUUAUGUUAAAAUGAUUUUUAUUUUGUUGCUCAGCAAAUCUCAGUCAAAUGUUGGAUUUGAAGGUGGCUUCUAAAUUUAAAAUUUAAAUAUAAGAGUGCCACAUCCUUAAAUUCACUCUCAAAUACUGUGUGAUAUAAGAAACCUACUCAAGCUAUUGUUAAUGCUAUGAAUAUUUCUCAUUGAAAAAUUUAAGAGUUUAGAGAAGAAAUCCCUCAAUUAUUCUCCCCUUAGCUAAAAGAAAGGAAACUUUUAAUAUAUAAGUCUAUGAAUCUUUAUUAUCACUGAAAGAAUUUUAUCAGUACUUUGUACCAUAAUACCAUAACUUGCCUUAGGGCAUGGGGUUUCAGAAAGUUCUAAGGAAGACCUCAUCAUCCUUGUUAAAGUCUGGAUGACUUCAUCAGAUAGUGAUUUAAUACGUCAUGAAGGGCCAUUCAACCUUGGACUGUCUACCAUCUAAAUAUAUGGAUUUCAUGGUGGCACUUGAAGCACAUUUUUAAAAUAUUAUGAUGUUAUUCUAUUGUCCUGCUGAAUUCUUCAUUAUUACACUACCUCAAGACAAAUGAUAGACUGUCAAGAUAAGUUUGGGUUUCCAGUAUAACGAUCAAAUAAAAUUUUACAAAUAGAAGUCAUCAAAUAAUAUGACAGUCAAGACCAUGCUAGAUCUAUGUUGUCAAUUACCUCUUGACAAUACAAUGAUAUGGAUAUUUCAGUCACCAGUGAUGAAUAACAUAGUUCUCACCCAGUGAGUAAGUGAAGGGGUUUCAAGUUGCAAAAUUUGAAAAUAAUUAGUUCCCUUUAGGAUUGGUUUUCUACGUGGGCCAAUUUUAUGUCCUUUCACCUGAAGCCACAAAGAAUUGCCCACCCUCAACAAUUAAAGGAUUAAAAUACCCAACUGCUGUGCCAAAAUGGCAGACUGAAUAUUCAAAUAUUCUUGAAUGCCUGCUAAAUUUUUGUCAGAUUAUAUAUAAAUUUGAUGUAUAUUAUUACCCAGUAAAUUUUUCUUGGGAAUUUUGUAUACACUCUGAUAUAUUAGGAUAAGUUUUUGUAGUUCAAAGGAAUUUCAAGUAGUUUUUAGACAAAACAUAUCAUAUCCAUGAGUGUGAAGAAGCUGUGUUGAAGAGUAGAUUACAUUACACAUUUACCAGCAAGUCAGUAAAAAAUAGUGCUUAUUUACAUAGUCAACAUAAUUUAAUGUUCUAAAAAUAAUUUCUUCAAUCUGCCCAAUAUUUAAUGUGUCAUUUGAGAUUUUAAAAAAUGCAGCCACUCCUUUAUGUAAACAUUAAGAUAUGCCUAUGUUUCUUUAAUUCUACAGCCUUCUUGACAAUAAAUUUCUUGACUUUUGUGCACAAAAUAGUAUUGCAACCUGCUCUUUAGCCUUUGGUGCCUUAGAGUUAUUAUAAAUAUUUAACAAUAUGUACAUAAUGUAAAUACUGCCAGAAGAUCACUAAGGCCAAGUAUUUUCUCUAUUCACUUUUUACUGCACUUGCUUUCUAUUGCUACUUAAGCCUCUUUUAUCCAGCUUUGUAAUAGUUCUAACAUUGU